UUUACAAUUUGUUUAAGCGAAACAAACAUUGUUUUGUGUAAAUUGCCUUUUAUUUGUAUAUUGAAAGUGUGACUAACAGGUUGCACACUCGAUUUUCAGUACACAUUAAACGAAACCAGUGUGCAGCACGCUUGAUUGGCGAGGGGAAAUUUGUGGAAAAAUUAAGUUCAUUUAGAGAAAGACGCCGGCAUUGCAAACAUGUCCAAAACAGAUACAUCUGCCGUGGAGGCAACCGAAGAGAACUCGAACGAGACGACUUCGGAUGCGGCUACCAGUUCAUCCGGUGAAAAGGAGGCAGAGUUUGACAACAAAAUCGAGGCUGAUCGCAGUAGGCGCUUUGAUUUCCUGCUAAAGCAGACGGAGAUAUUUACCCACUUCAUGACUAACAGCGCUAAGAGUCCCACGAAGCCUAAGGGUAGACCCAAGAAGAUCAAAGACAAGGACAAGGAAAAGGAUGUUGCCGAUCAUCGGCAUCGCAAGACAGAACAGGAGGAGGAUGAGGAGCUGCUGGCGGAGGACUCGGCCACCAAGGAGAUCUUUCGCUUCGAUGCCUCACCCGCCUACAUCAAAAGUGGCGAGAUGCGUGACUACCAGAUUCGCGGUCUCAACUGGAUGAUUUCGCUUUACGAAAAUGGUAUCAAUGGAAUACUGGCCGAUGAAAUGGGUCUAGGAAAGACCCUGCAGACCAUAUCCCUGCUGGGUUACCUUAAGCAUUUCAAAAACCAAGCCGGACCACACAUCGUCAUCGUGCCAAAGUCAACGCUGCAGAAUUGGGUAAAUGAGUUUAAGAAGUGGUGCCCUUCUCUCAGAGCCGUCUGCCUUAUUGGUGACCAGGACACCCGUAACACCUUCAUUCGAGAUGUGCUCAUGCCUGGCGAGUGGGACGUUUGCGUGACCUCCUAUGAGAUGUGUAUCCGCGAGAAGUCCGUGUUCAAGAAGUUUAACUGGCGCUAUUUGGUCAUCGACGAGGCGCAUCGUAUCAAGAACGAGAAGUCGAAGCUCUCGGAGAUUCUGCGAGAGUUUAAGACCGCUAAUCGUCUACUUAUCACGGGUACUCCGCUGCAGAAUAACCUUCACGAGCUGUGGGCCCUGCUAAAUUUCCUGCUGCCCGAUGUGUUUAAUUCGUCAGAGGAUUUCGACGAAUGGUUCAACACGAACACUUGCCUGGGUGACGAUGCGUUGAUUACGCGCUUGCAUGCCGUGCUGAAACCUUUCCUGCUCCGUCGUCUAAAGGCCGAAGUGGAGAAGCGUUUAAAGCCGAAGAAGGAGAUGAAAAUAUUUGUGGGUCUAUCCAAGAUGCAACGCGACUGGUACACCAAGGUGCUGCUUAAGGACAUUGAUGUAGUGAACGGUGCUGGAAAAGUGGAGAAGAUGCGACUGCAGAACAUCCUUAUGCAGCUGCGCAAGUGCACCAACCACCCAUAUUUGUUUGAUGGCGCCGAGCCCGGUCCGCCAUAUACCACGGACACGCAUUUGGUGUAUAACUCCGGAAAGAUGGCUAUUCUGGAUAAGCUGCUGCCCAAGCUCCAAGAACAGGGAUCGCGUGUGCUGAUUUUCUCACAGAUGACAAGGAUGUUGGAUAUCCUGGAGGAUUACUGUCACUGGCGCAACUACAACUAUUGCCGCCUGGAUGGUCAGACGCCGCACGAGGAUCGUAACAGGCAGAUCCAGGAAUUUAACAUGGACAACAGCGCCAAGUUUCUCUUCAUGUUGUCCACCCGAGCCGGUGGUUUGGGUAUCAAUUUGGCUACCGCUGAUGUUGUCAUCAUUUACGACUCGGAUUGGAAUCCUCAAAUGGAUUUGCAAGCUAUGGAUCGUGCUCAUCGUAUUGGCCAAAAGAAGCAAGUGCGCGUUUUCCGGCUGAUCACCGAAAGUACAGUGGAGGAGAAGAUCGUAGAGAGGGCAGAGGUCAAGCUCCGUCUGGACAAGAUGGUCAUCCAGGGUGGCAGAUUGGUUGACAACCGCUCCAAUCAGUUAAACAAGGAUGAAAUGCUGAAUAUAAUUCGUUUUGGAGCUAACCAAGUGUUUAGCUCUAAGGAGACAGACAUUACCGACGAAGACAUCGAUGUUAUUCUGGAGCGCGGUGAGGCCAAGACAGCCGAGCAGAAAGCAGCACUGGACAGUAUGGGCGAGAGUUCGCUGCGGACGUUCACAAUGGACACAAACGGCGAAGCAGGAACUUCUUCCGUGUAUCAAUUCGAGGGCGAGGAUUGGCGCGAGAAGCAAAAGCUGAAUGCGCUGGGCAACUGGAUCGAGCCACCGAAGCGUGAACGCAAAGCAAACUAUGCUGUGGAUGCCUAUUUCCGUGAGGCUCUCCGUGUCUCCGAACCCAAGGCACCGAAGGCUCCCCGCCCACCCAAGCAGCCUAUCGUUCAGGACUUUCAGUUCUUCCCACCCCGUCUGUUUGAGCUGCUCGACCAGGAAAUCUACUAUUUCCGCAAGACUGUUGGUUACAAGGUGCCCAAGAACACAGAACUGGGCUCGGAUGCCACCAAAGUGCAGCGCGAGGAGCAGCGCAAGAUCGAUGAGGCAGAGCCGCUUACCGAGGAUGAGAUCCAGGAGAAGGAGAAUCUACUCUCACAGGGAUUUACUGCCUGGACCAAGCGCGAUUUCAACCAGUUCAUCAAGGCCAACGAAAAGUACGGUCGGGAUGAUAUUGACAACAUUGCCAAGGACGUGGAGGGCAAGACUCCGGAGGAGGUUAUCGAGUACAACGCCGUGUUCUGGGAGCGAUGUACUGAGUUGCAGGACAUUGAGCGAAUAAUGGGACAGAUUGAGCGUGGAGAGGGCAAGAUUCAACGACGAUUGUCUAUUAAGAAGGCUUUGGAUCAAAAGAUGUCGCGGUAUCGCGCCCCUUUCCAUCAGUUGCGGCUGCAAUAUGGCAAUAAUAAGGGCAAGAAUUACACUGAAAUAGAGGAUCGAUUUCUGGUAUGCAUGCUUCACAAGUUGGGCUUUGACAAGGAGAAUGUCUACGAGGAGCUGCGAGCGGCUAUAAGAGCUUCUCCGCAAUUUCGGUUUGACUGGUUCAUCAAAUCUCGAACAGCUUUGGAGCUGCAGCGUCGCUGCAACACGUUGAUUACCCUUAUUGAACGUGAAAACAUUGAGCUGGAGGAGAAAGAACGCGCCGAGAAGAAGAAAAAGGCUCCAAAGGGCAGCGUGUCCGCGGGAAGUGGAAGUGCCAGCUCCAACACUCCAGCACCCGCGCCCCAACCGAAGGCCAGUCAAAAGCGGAAGAGCGAGGUGGUGGCAACCAGUUCCAACUCGAAAAAGAAGAAGAAGUAAAGCGACAAAGCAAACAGAUAUUUUUUCUGAGUUUCGGCUCUACACUCAGCACUAGGCAGUUAAAUAGUUAAGACAAGCGAUUACUUAAACAUAUUUUACUCGAUAUAGUUAAUAGUUCAUAUCUCACACCGGAAGCAAUCCACCCCCAACCCCAGUUCUGAAGUUUUUUAAACACCCGCCUACACAUCCGACUACAUUACUAUUGCGUGCCGCUGUAUUCUAUUCCAAAUAAUUGUGUAUUGUGUUCUAAGACUAUAAUCAUUAUAUUUAUAUAAAUCAACACUACAAUCUGUA